AUGCGUCCAUCACAAUCAACAGCCUCCACGGCGCUGCUCACCGCCGCCGCCUUCGUUGGUCUCGCCAACGCUCACUCCUGGGUCGAGGAAGUAUACCGCGUCGACGACAACGGUGCCAUGGUCGGUCAGACGGGCUACCCCCGCGGCUGGAUCGCGCGGACCUCGACUAACCCCCCCUUCAGCGAUACCCUCGCCCAGUGGCUGCUACCGCUCAAGGGCCAGAGCGCCUACUCGGGCGACGAGAUCCUCAACAAGCAUCAAAAGACGGAAAACAACCCAGCGCUCCCCAUGCUGCAGGCCGCCCCUGGCGACAAGAUUGCCCUGCUGCACCUCGAAAACGGCCACGUCUCGCUGCCGCAGAACCAGCCCAAGAAGCCGCGCAACCGCGGCACCAUCUUCCUCUAUGGCACCACCCAGCCCGCCAAAGACGAGCGCCUCUUUGACGUCCAUCUCGUCUGGAACCGCGCCGGCACCGGCGGCGACAAGCGCGGCAAGCUGCUCGCCACGCGCAACUACGACGACGGCCAGUGCUACCAGACCAACGCGCAGGAGAUUAGCACCUCCCGCGCCCAGAAGCUGGCUUCGGAGGGCGCCGUCCACGAGCGCGAGCUGCGCUGCCAGUCCGACGUCCAGCUGCCCGACGACCUCAAGCCCGGCGACGUCUACACCAUCUACUGGUACUGGGACUGGCCCGACCUAGACCCCGAGCAUAUCAAGGUCGACGCCACCACCGACGGCCGCUACCCCUGGGCCGGCACCUUUAUGCGCGGCGAGACGGACCCCAACGGCUUCACCAUGGCCGCCAUUGCCAAGAAUGAGAGCUACGCCAGCACCAUCGACAUUCAGAUUGUCGAGCGCGCCAAAAUUCCCCCGGGAGUGGCCGUCGCCAAGGCUGCCGACGUUGGGCAGUCAAACCAAAAGAUUUACACAAUGGCCGUGGCGGACCAGCUAAGCAACAACUUCAAGGUCGACAUUGACGCCAACAAUGCCGGCGGCGGCAGUUCCAGCGCCACCACUCCGGCUUCUUCCCCCAGCGCUACGGCUACAGGUUCUGAUCCCGCUGCUGCUCCCUCCAGCGUCGCCCCGACGACCUCCUCCUCGGCCGCUGCCCCGACUACCACCGCCGGAGACGCCAGCGGCGGCGGCAAGGUCACCGUGACGGUGACGGUGACUGUGCCGUCUUCCACCGUCUAUUCUACCGUCUACGUAACCAAGUCCGUCGUCGCCAGCGACGGCAGCGGCAGCGGCGUCUCCCCGGCUGCGCCAGUGUACGCUACUGCGACGGCCGGCGCGCCGGCGCCAACGGUUCCUGCGAUGCGUGGCCGCGUGGUACGACGGAACUGGCAGUUUGGUCAGUAA